AAGCUGCGCAAUCGGCUCUCGUUCAAGAGCGCGCGCGCCGCCCUGGCCGAGCGCGAGAUCCUCAAGCGAGAGAAUCGCUGCAAGAGACCGCUGACCCAGCGCAACGUCGACACCUUUCUGAUUGAGCAGGAUCUCAAUGACGCGCGCAUCCGCCGGGCAGAGAACCUGCACGUCUCGCAGUGGCUGCAGCAGUUGCCA